AUGCUUCACAAUAACCUGCCAUCACCUCACACAUCACCUCAUACCUCACUGCACUGCCAAGGGGUGGUAGGUUUAGAGUAGAAAUAAAGCCAACCGGUAGUGCUAUAGUUACUGUCGAACACAUGAACCCUCAACACAGCUUUUUAUGAGGCUUAUAAUGUGUAAUGUAUUCCUAUGCAGCAAUAUAAAAAAUACAAGAAGUUAUUAUUGCUGAAAGUCACCUGAAUGUGGAAGAUGUUUCGGUUUGAGGCCUGAGGGGACUAAUAGAUAGUUGUGAUCUCAAGCCUCCCUGUCCCUGUAUCCUGUCCUGCCUGUAUCUGUCUGUCUUCCUCACUUUAAACUGUUUAUCGCUACCCUGCCCUGCGUGUCUCUCUCCCUGCCUCACUUUCAUGACCCCUCUCCCUCUCCCUGCCUCUCUGUCCCUCUACCUGCCUCUCUCCCCCUACCCUGUCCUGCCUGUGUCUAUCUCCCUGCCUCACUUUCCCUGCCUCUGAACCUCUACCUGACAGUUGUCUUUUUGUCUCCCCAGUGUCCCGUCUGCUUCACUGAACCCUGGUCUGUCUCCCUGCCCCUCUCUACCUCUAUCUAACUGUUCUCUCUAUGUCUCCUCAGUGUCCCACCUGCUCCAGAGCUUCACCGAGGGAGAGCUGAAGAAGGUGAUCGGUACUCUGAUGGACAGGAGUAGCAGGAGCAGGAGGAGGAGCGGCAAGAGCAGCAGGGAGGAGUUUCUGGAGAAGAGCCAGGAGAGCACCCAGAGGACUAAGAGAGCUAAGAGGAGGAGGAGGAGGUUAAAGCCGUGCUCUCUGCAGGAGGUGGAGGUGACGGUGGGAGAGCUGGGGCUGGGCUAUGACAGCGACGAGACUCUCCUCUUCAGGUAUUGCAGCGGCAGGUGCACCGCGCACCGACGCAACUAUGACAUCACCCUGGAACACAUGAGGAGGGCGGGGCUCAUUAAAAAGGGGAGGAGAGACAAGGUGCUGUACAGCCCGUGCUGUCAGCCAAUCACGUACGAAAAGGAUAUCUCCUUCCUGGAUAACAACAGUAGGUACCACACGGUGCAGGAAGUGUCGGCUAGGGAGUGUGGAUGCGCCUGA